AAUGUUGUGGUCUGCAAUGUUUUGUUAGUACAUUCGAAUAAAUUUCAAAUCUGUUUUGAAAUCCUUAUCUUUUGGAAAUCUGACUGGGGGGAAAUGAAAUGACCCGAAAAAAUUUGUAAUGACACAAAUUUUCACCACCAGAAAAUAAAUAAGGAAAUGAGGGGGGGUCAUGUUGUGCAUCCUUUUGCUACUUUUGACGGUAAUUAAAACUGAUUGAGGAUGGAGACGCAAGAUUUAAUGGAACCCAACACUGCCAACACUUCAACUUAAGGAAGUAUGUUUUUGGAAAUCACACAUGUGUACAUGGGAAGCCAUCGCUUUAGUUAUGCUGAUAGGGGAGGACUGGAUAUGGCACUUUGUGACAGGAAAUUUUUAAUCAGCUCCUGUACUUGACAAAAGCACCGAAACCCAGUCGUAUUUUUUUUCUUCUCCAAAUGAGGUUCUUGUUCAAUUGCAUUGCUUCCUUUAGAAUGAAAAAAAGAUUUUAAUGAUUGAGUCAGAACUUCUUGGAGUUGAGUGGGAGUCCGGAGCUAUAAGAUUGAACUUUUCCCCAGAAGAUGUUACAAUGCCGUCUGCUGAACAGUCCCUUGUAGAACGUCUGCUAAAGCAGUCUAUCUUGACCGUCUGCAAAGAAGCAGUCAGCUACAGCCAGCACCUGGAGAUUGAUGGAAUUAUUUGCAUCUCCCCGGAAAAUCAGGACAAACAGAUUGUCGUCAAGGUCCAUGAACUUUUCAAAAAGACUUUUGAUGGACGGGAGAAAAAUAAAGUUGUCGAAGAACAAGAUGGAGAACAUGAUAUUCAAAAGUAUGAGGCACAGUUUGGUACAAAAUCCUUAGAUGGAGAUGAAAUAAAAAAGGAACAUGUGGAAGGUUUGGAUGUUCUCGAUGAGGAUUCAAGCAAAGCUCGUAGUAGAUUCAAUGAUGUGAAUAGUGCUUAUGAUGAGAAUGAAGACUCGGAUAGUUUCCACAGUGAUGACACCAGCAUGGAGACUGAGGGUGUUGGAGCAGAAAAUGAUGAGGAAUCUGCAAUGUCAACGUCAGUUAUAAAGAAACCGAUGAUGAGUCGAAUCAUAGCACCCAAACUCUCCAGUCAGAAAGUGAAACAAUCUCGUCAGAAACAAGUAGCCAAUUCCAAAAAAGGCGUCUCAGGGAAGAGUGAAGAAGAUGUCCCAGGAUACAUUUACAACAGCGAAGCUCCGAAACCGGACAUAAAGCCGGUAAAAGAUGUAGAAUGCAAGCGUUGUUUUGAGGUCCUCCCAGACGGGCCAUCAUUUGAGAAUCACAAUCUGAAUCAGCAUAAUGUUUACACUUGUUUGGUGUGCUACAAUACAUUUACGUGUCGAAAUAAUAUGAAGAGGCAUAUGCGGCUUCACACUGGGUACAAACCUUACCAGUGUACACUGUGCUCCGAGAGCUUCACCAGAAAAGACGACAUCAAGAGACACCUCAUCAAGCAUAACUACAACAAGCCUUUCCGAUGCAAUCUCUGUAAUAAAGGCUACAUGGAUCGUAAAACAAUAAAAAACCACAUGAAGAAGGAACACGCGACGAAACUAUUGCAUUGCUGUCCCACGUGUGGCGAAAGCUUCAAUGAUGUCAUCAAAUUUCAGAAGCAUAAGAAGAGUCACCCGGAACUCAUGAUUUAUCAAUGCUCGAUUUGUAACUUUUCAGGAUCAAAUCCACUCAUGUACAACAAACAUAUGCUGGUGCACGGUCAGGAAAAGAUCUUCAACUGUGUACCUUGCGGGUCAGAGUUCACAGACCCCUUCAAGUACACCAGUCACAUGAAAAAACAUCGUACGGAUGAAAACUUUGAUUCCUUCCAGUGUUGUUUUUGUUCUCAUGUGCUUCCAACCUAUGACCAACUCAUCAAACAUGAGCACACUCACGUGCAAAGCAAGAGACACACCUGUACUGUGUGCAUGAAACAAUUCCGAUAUCCCUCCAAUUUACGUGAGCACAUGCUGAUCCACUCGGACAUGAGUCGUAAGAUCAGAGUCCACAUCAAGAAAGAGAUCAUUCCUUCAUCGAUGAACAACACCGCUAGUGGACCGGAGGAAGGGACUGCUUCUGAGGCCCAAAAUGGAGCAGUCAAAAUAAAAACGGAGCCAGAUUUAAAUGAGAAUGAGAAGGAACAGAUCUCAAGCCAGUACUGGUGCACCGAGUGUCAGAUGGGCUUCGAGUCGGAGAAUGACCUCACUGACCACAUUUCAGUUGCACAUGAUGAGUCCAUCUGCAAAAUGGAGAACGAUGGGGUCUGUGACUCAACUGGAGAGGAGGUUAAUAAGUAUGAAGAUUCUCUGAAUGAAUUGGAGGAGAUGGAAGAUUCCAGCAGUGACUAUGAAGAAAACUUCAAGGUGCCAAUGAAAGUUCGAAAUACAACUUUAAACAAGGACAGUGAUGUUGCAUAUAGUCUGCUGCCCACUCAUUUAAAAAAUCACCUGACAGAGACUACAAACAAUAGAGAGUGUUCCGAGGAUGAAGAAGUAGAGUCGGAGUGCUCCAGUCAGUCAGAGCAAGCCAGUGUCGAUAAUUCUAAGAGCGUUUCUCCGAGUUUCUCAGACACCGCCAGUCCAGCCUGUAACAUGCCCGUGUUUCCUCAGAACGAACAAGACAAACACAUCGUUGUGUCAACAUCUCAGUCAUCCAGUCCCGCAUCAGUCACAUCCAACUUUAGCACUGUGACUCGUUCUCCGGGAUUCGAACGUGUCAUCACACCUGAAAUCCUGUUCAGGAUGAAGGAACCCUUCAAGUGUGACAUUUGUCGUGGAACAUUCGAGGACUUUGAAUCAUUUGACAAACAUUGCAAUUCCAUCCAUAGAAGGUAUAUUUGCGAUUUCUGUGGAAAGCAAUUCACAUCGAAGCCAAAUCGAGACCGUCAUGUUCGCUAUCACACAGGCGAAAAGCCAUACAAGUGUGAACUUUGUGGGCAGUCGUUUUUCCGUGGCGAUGACUUGAAAUAUCACAGAACAACUCGCCAUUCAGAUUUUUUCACGUUUAACUGCAGCAAAUGUAGAAUGACAUUUGCUUGGGCGAAAGAUUUAGAAAAACACUUGCUGAAGUGUCAUCGCUGACAUUAGAUUGUGUUACUCUGUUGCAAAAAUUUUGAUAUUCAUGAUGAUGGAUUUUUAAACAAAAUUCAAUCUGUGGAAGAACAACCAAAAGUAUCGGAAAUAUGCAUUUUAAUAUCUCUUAUCAUGUUUAUCUUCCAUGGUUUUUUUUUCAUUUUCUUUUUCCAGUUUGUUUUUUUACCCAUUUUUUUUUUUGCAGUUUCUUUUUCUUUUCUUUUUUUCAUUUUUCCCCAGAUUGUUUUUUCCCCAGUUUUUUUUCCUUCAGUUUGGUUUUUCUCUUAAGUUUGGAUUUCAUUCAGUUGUUUUUCUCCUGUUUGUUUAUUUUAAUGUUUUUUUCCAGUUUCAAUUUCCCCCCAUUUUUCUGCUGUCAUUCUUUUCGGUAUUUUUUUGUUUUCUCCCUGUUUUUUUUUUCCAGUUAUUUUUUUUCCACUUUGUUCAACCCCGCCCCCAGUUUCUCCCAUUUUUUUCCGUUUGUUUUUGUGGUCAAAUAGAUUACAAUAUAUCAAAUUGUAAAUUUAUGCAUGAACAUGGAUAUAGGAAUGAGAAUAGAGUUCACUCUAAACGGCCUAGAAUUUGUUCCUAGCUCUUUUCACAUACUCCAAACAAAUCUGGUAUUGUUCCAUUGUUGUAUUGAUGAUUUUUAUUUCAAAUUAUUGUGUAAAAGCUAUGGUUAUUUCAUUUUCAAUGCAGUUUUAGUUUUACAGAUUCCUUCAGGAAAAAAUAGCAAUAUUAUUAUUAAAAUGAAAUGUUAGUGAUAAGGAGCACAAUAGAUUUGAUAGUGGAUACCUCUGAAAUAUUCUUCAAUAUUUAUAGUUGUAAAGAUAUUUAUGGUUACAGUUUAAGUUUAAAGUUGCAUUAUAUUUGUGUCAGACUAAAACUAGUUCCUGAUGUAACCAGGUAAAUUCAUUGAGAGAAGCAGGUUAUUCCUGAAACCAAUGAGUCAUAUUUGAAUGCUAUAUAAAAAUAUCUGUGAUUGAAUCUUCAAGGUUGUUAUAAGGCGCUCUUUUGUAUUUCUCAGUACACUGUGUCCUAAAAAACUGCAUGCUCUGCAAAUCCUUAAGAUUUUGGAAGGAAGUAGAAUCAUGGAGAAAAUAAUUUGAUAGUGACCUAGGUGGAUUCCACUGGGAAAAUUCCCUGUCAUUUAAUGGUUUCAAGAUCCUUGUACUCGACAAGAUUUAUUACGGAGACGAUUUAUUACGGAGUCGCACUAUAAUAGCCUGCACUUCUGCAUGGGAUUUAAAUUUCUUUUUAUUUUUCUCACUCAACCAACAAAACAUUGACAUUCGGAUUUUCCAGCCCAGGACAAGAUAAAAUUAAUCAGCUACACGGUAUAUAGGACACUGCCUGGUCUCAUUAUUGUGCAGGAACAUGCCUCUGUACAAUGUGAAGAAAAUAUGAAUGUGAAAAUGGUUAUGCUAAGAGUUUGUUUUGAUUAAAGACACUUGACACAAAACUAAAAAUGGAUGCAUGGCUGAUGUGUAUAUUUUUGGCUUAGUUUGGUUCUAAUACUAAGUAUGAAUAUAAACUUCCUAAGACAAAAUAAGGGAUAAAUUUGUAAAUAUUCUAUAAUGUGCAAAAGUUGAAAUAUAUUGCCCUACCUUAUAUAACUCUAUAUACAAAUAUUUGACACUGUUUUGGACUUAUUGAGAGAUUAUUGGGAAUAGAUUACAUUCCAUAUUGUAUUCAUUUUGCUUAUAAAAAUGUUCAUUUUUGGAAAAAGGUUUGUUUGUAGUAAGUGUCUUUGAAGCAGUGUGUCAACCCCUUACUGACUAGUUGUAUAAGCAGACUUUUGCAUUGAUUUCCUUAUAUAUGUAUAAUUUCUAUUCCAACAGGAUGUUGUUGACUAUUAACAAACUCCCUGUACAGUGCCUUAUAAACAGAUAUAUAUGUACAUUGUUACACCUAUUUCAUGUCCAAUAAAGUUUUGAAAUCAGA